GAAUCUCAGUGGUUCUACUUCCGGCGGUGGUUUGUAGUCCGCCAGGAAAACAACAGAAGAAGAAGACUUCCGUCAUCUCGUCCUUCAGUCGGCUGCUAGCUGCUAGCUGUUAGCUUCAGGGUGAACAUCAACAUCAUCUCGUCCUCAGAGAAUCUGAAUGAUGGCGGCCCAGGUGUCCGAGUCGGACCAGAUCAAACAGUUUAAGGAGUUUCUGGGGACGUACAACAAGGUGACGGAGAACUGCUUCAUGGAUUGUGUCAAAGACUUCACCGGCCGGGAGGUGAAACCAGACGAGUCCAGCUGCUCUGAGUCGUGUCUCCAGAAGUACCUGAAGAUGACUCAGCGGAUCUCGAUGCGGUUCCAGGAGUACCACAUCCAGCAGAACGAGGCUCUGGCUGCUAAAGCCGGACUACUGGGACAACCUCGCUGAGCCGGUCCCACCCAGAAUCUACCGGUCUGAUGACAUGAGCCCAGCAGGCUGGUCCCAGUCCCGGUCCCGGUCCCGGUCCAGCAUGUUGGAUGAAUUAAGACUCUGAUCUGAAGCUCCAUCUCCAACACUGAGGAUCUGUCAGCUGUUCUGUCUUAAAGCAUCAUGGGAGAUGUAGUCUUUGUCCUUCAUAUUUAAUUUUUCAGUUUUAUGUUGAAAUAAUAUUUUUAUUAAACAUGAACUCA